AAUCAACAUCAGUCUCCAUCAACUUAUCGUCCUAUUAUUCCUGCUCCACAAUCCCAAACCUACGUUCCUACUUCUCCUUUUCAUAUGAGUCCAAGUCCUCAUUCUCAUUCUCAGCAUGGUAUUAUUUUACCUCCUUUCGAAACGCCACCUGGCUCCCCUUUCUCUCAAGCGUUGCAUAAUGAUUAUAACGGUCAAG